AUGUUGGGAACGCGUCAAGCGACGUUCAAAGUCGCGCUCAACAGCGACGGCGAUGGCAGCGCCCUCGCUAAGAACUUCAAAACACCUGCCAAAGCGAGUAGAAGCGGCAAGGAGAAUCUGAUGAGUGUCGGCAGACCAGGUAAUCUGCAAGGCUUGAAAACACCGCUACCAUCUAAGAAGCUCUUUGGAGAAGUAGCCACGACAGCGAAAAGUAAGAAGACGACAAUGACGGGAUUGACGCCUGCACCACCAAAGACUGUCCUCCGUCCAGCCGCGGGUACAAAUAUUCAGAAGAACAAAGAUCCGAGCCCACGUCCAUCGACUCUGCGUAAAUCAGCGCGUGUACCAACACACCAAGUCAAAGCAACACCAGCGCCUGUAUUCAUACCGCUACAAGAUGAUGGCGACAUUGGACCAACGCAGAUGGAAAUACGACAAGAGGAGAAUGAGCAGGCCUUGCUCCAGCAAGAAAUGGAGGAAGAAGCUUAUCAUGAAUCUGAUUGGAGCGAUUUUGAGCCAGAGUAUGCACCACCAAAGGAGGCACAGCAAGAAAUGCCAUGGAGACCACUCGAUGACGAUAUCCCAGACUACAAACAACUCGGACGUCAAUUGAGGGUUGCGUCCCCACGUUUCUCUGUCUACGAUUCGGAUGAUCAAAGCUACAACUCAGACGAGAUCACAGACCUCAAAAAGGCUGGUGGAUUGGAUGAAAAUCUCGAAUUGCACUAUAACAACGACAUGGACGAUGAUUUGGGUAUCAAAAUCAGGGACAGAAAGCCUGAAAUGAAAAAGCGCGUGGUAGUCACGAAAGCCCCAGCUCGAAAACCACUUACGACUCAGAGGAGACCGCUGAACACACAGAACAAGCCCCAGACAAAGCCAGUCACCCAGAAGAUCAAGCUUGAUGAUAUUAAGAUUGACCUCGACCUCGAUAACUGUUUACUUGACGAAUGA